AGCAAUCAUAUCGUUUCAAACUCUUAACCGAAAACAUUUAUUUAAAAAGCGAACUCUUUGACUACAUAACAAAGCAUAAUCAAAUAAAAAUGCGUUUACUCAAUUUGUGUUUGAUGUUGGUACUAUUCGUGUGCCUGUUGAGUGACGCCUAUGGGAGUCCUGAAGAAGUGGAAAAUGUAGUUGCUUCGGAUGUGGUGGUGCAGCCUUUAUCGUUGUUGGAUGUCGCUGAGCAGGGACACGAAAAUGAAGGCGACCGUUUAACGCGUGAACAUCGUGGUGGCUAUAGAGGAGGCAGUAGACAUUAUGACGGACGUUAUGGUGGACAUUAUGAUGGUCAUUAUCCUCAACAUUAUGAGAAACAUCGUGAUGGUUAUAGAGGCGGUCAUCACUAAGAUUGAAGUGCUAAAAGGACUGAAUGCGAAUAAGAAACUGAUGUUGAGAUUUACCUAAUAACAAAAACUCUUUUCCUUAUAACAAAAAGGCCGUCAUACUUUUUUCCAUAUUGUACUAAUAAAUUAUUCAAUAAAAUUUUUUGCAUCACAUAA